AAGCGCGAAGCUGCCCCUGCAUCUCUGCACGUUAGUUGGCGGGCCGAGCCCCUCCUUCUCGCGUGUGCAUGCGUGCGCGCGUGUGCGUGUGUGUGUGUGUGUGUGUGUCCAGUCCUCCCAUAUUAAUGUGUAAACCACAUAAUAAGUAGUCAACAGAAGACAAUGUUUUAAUCCCACUUUAUAUCUCCUUGUUACUUUUAGAUGAGAACCCCUGGCCAGCCUUUCAGACUGGGUGUCAGGCUAGGGAAUUUAAAAACAGGCACCCUUGGUUAGAGUGGAGGGGAAAAGAGUUAGGUAAAUGUCAGCCAACAUACAGUUGGUAUACACAAUUGAAAUUCAUAAUGUUAAUCACUAUGCAAAUGAGAGUAUAGCUAAUUCAUGGUCAUUUUUAAGGUGCAGUAAUUUCACACUUUUACACUAUUCAAUUACUGUAUGGUAUGUUAGAUAACAAAAGUAAGAGCUCAAAUUAGAGCAAUUGAAAAAGUGAAACAUUAGUCUCCUGUCAUCUCCUUCUCAUGCACUGGUUAGCCAUGGUUGUAAAGAGUUCAUUAAAUUAUUUUGAGUAGAUUUUUUCCUUGUUUAGCAUGUGCUAUUGCUACUAUAGAUAUACAAAGGACAACUCGUCAUUUUUGUGUUCUAUUUGUUCAUACUGUUAUUAAAACUGAUAAACCUACUCAGCUUUCCAUGAUUGUUGAUAAUCGUUAUACUCUUAAAUCAGUGGGUUGUAGACCCCUGCGUUGGUGAGUGUGGUGCGACACCCCAUAAGCGCCACACACGUACACGUACCGGUGGGACGGGAUUGUACGAGGCUGGGAGGGAAUCAUCACAGUAUACCCACUACAAUAAAAUAGACUACACCACUGGGCGCACCCAUACACAUGGACUGUUAUGAGGGGAUUAGGAAAGCAGGGGAAGAGUGUAACAAUGCUGACACUAGAUAUAGUAAGAGUGAGGAUGAGGACGAAGAUGAGACAAGUGGUGAUGAGCACAGUAAUAAAGAUGUGAAAGAUGGUAAUGAGCGAAUUUGCGAAGGGCCUUCUCCUAGAAAGAAAAGGAGAGGAAAAAACACAAAGACGAGGACGAAGUCUCAGAAAAGGCAAACAAAAAAGAGUACUAAACUCAAGGGGGAGGGGUAUAGUGAGAGCCCAGCGACAGAGGAGCCUGGCUGCAGUACAUCAGUACUAAGCCUCACACCACUCGAGUUAGAUGAGAAACUAAGGAAAUCACAAAGGGGAAAAAAGGCACCCGAUACCGUCCCAGGAAUUUUUCCUAUUUUAGUCAAAGGACAACAGGUCCACUAUCAACCGUGGGGCUCACAGGACUUGGAGGGAGUCAUUUCUAAACUCCCUAACAUACAUAACGGGGCGUCUAAAUGGAUUAGAACAUUUGAGGAACUCACAGUGGGAAAGCUAAUGGCAGUGGGGGACCUGAAAGCUCUGUUGGCAAGAGUAUUGGGGUUAUCUAAAAUGGAGUCUGUACUGAGGAAUGGAGGGUUGGAUAUAAUGGACGUAAUGCAUGAUGGGACUAUGCUUGAUCGCUACAGAGUGGCGAUGUGGACCACACUCAGAAGGGAGUUCCCUACCCAUAUCGAUCAUAAAAACAUGAGAGGCCUCCCCAUCAAUGACACAGAGAAUCCUGCAUCCUACCUCCAGGCCCAAGUGGACAGAUGGCGCUUGGAGACGGAUGAGGAUCCUGAGAUCCAUCCUGUGUUUUCGGUCAUGUUCAGAAACUCUGUGAUAGAGAUUCUACCUAGCUCAAUCAAAGUUAAGCUAGAUGAUGUGGUUGGACUGGUUACAAAUAAAUCUCACAGAGACUUCUGCGAUCAUGUGGUUCAUGCAGUGGACAAAUAUCGGCAAAAUGAACACAAAAUACAGGAACAAAGCAAAGAGGUGCAGAGGAAGCUAUCUCAGCUUCAGUUGGAAGAACUCACAAAAAGAGAAAAGGAGAAGAAAAAACAGGCGGUUGUUUCCGAGUCUGUUGAUACAAUACUGCAAGCCGUCCAGCAGGGCGCACCACAAACCCAACCUCCUCAACAGGCAUUCUCCCCCCCAGUACAACAGCUUCAGAGCCAAUGGUCACCCACUCCACCUGCCAUAAAUAUACACACACAUAACAAUGGGAACCCAAUGGGACAGGGUAACGGCUAUUAG